GCUCAUGAGCCCGUUCUCCGGCGAGCAGCGCCGUCGUUAGGCCGGCCCCUUAGCCUCUGCUUCCCCCGGGACAGGCCCACGCCUUGCCGGGGAGGGGGCAGCCUGUCGAGGCGCCUCCCUAGUCAGCGUCUGCGUCGCGCUGCGACCCUGGAAGCGGGAGCUGCCGCGAGCGAGAGGAGGAGCCCCAGCGGCGGCGGGCAGCAGCACCAGCAACGCCGGCGGGCGGGAUUGAGGCCGUCAACAUGGCGAGCGCCUCGUACCACAUCUCCAAUUUGCUGGAAAAAAUGACGUCCAGCGACAAGGACUUCAGGUUUAUGGCUACAAAUGAUUUGAUGACAGAACUGCAGAAAGAUUCCAUCAAGUUGGAUGAUGAUAGUGAAAGAAAGGUAGUGAAAAUGAUUUUGAAGUUACUGGAAGAUAAAAAUGGAGAGGUACAGAAUUUAGCUGUCAAAUGUCUUGGCCCUUUAGUGAGUAAAGUGAAAGAAUACCAAGUAGAGACAAUUGUAGAUACCCUCUGCACUAACAUGCUUUCUGAUAAAGAACAACUUCGAGAUAUUUCGAGUAUUGGCCUCAAAACAGUAAUUGGAGAACUUCCUCCAGCUUCCAGUGGCUCUGCAUUAGCUGCUAAUGUAUGUAAAAAGAUUACUGGGCGUCUUACCAGUGCAAUAGCAAAGCAGGAAGAUGUCUCUGUUCAGCUAGAAGCCUUGGAUAUUAUGGCUGAUAUGUUAAGCAGGCAAGGAGGACUUCUUGUUAAUUUCCAUCCUUCAAUUCUGACCUGUCUGCUCCCCCAGUUGACCAGCCCUAGACUUGCAGUGAGGAAAAGAACCAUUAUUGCUCUUGGCCAUCUGGUUAUGAGCUGUGGAAAUAUAGUUUUUGUCGAUCUUAUUGAACAUCUGUUGUCAGAGUUGUCCAAAAAUGAUUCCAUGUCAACCACAAGAACCUACAUACAAUGUAUUGCUGCUAUUAGUAGGCAAGCUGGUCAUAGAAUAGGUGAAUACCUUGAGAAGAUAAUUCCUUUGGUGGUAAAAUUUUGUAAUGUAGAUGACGAUGAAUUAAGAGAGUACUGCAUUCAAGCCUUUGAAUCAUUUGUGAGAAGAUGUCCUAAGGAAGUGUAUCCCCAUGUUACAACUAUUAUAAAUAUAUGUCUUAAGUAUCUUACUUAUGAUCCUAAUUAUAAUUAUGAUGAUGAAGAUGAAGAUGAAAAUGCCAUGGAUGCAGACGGUGGUGAUGAUGACGACCAAGGGAGUGACGAUGAAUACAGUGACGAUGAUGACAUGAGUUGGAAAGUGAGACGUGCAGCUGCUAAGUGCUUGGAUGCUGUAGUUAGCACAAGGCAUGAAAUGCUUCCAGAAUUCUACAAGACCGUCUCUCCUGCACUGAUAUCCAGAUUUAAAGAGCGUGAAGAGAAUGUAAAAGCAGAUGUAUUUCAUGCGUACCUUUCUCUUUUGAAGCAAACUCGUCCUGUGCAAAGUUGGCUGUGUGACCCUGACGCGAUGGAACAGGGAGAAACACCUUUAACAAUGCUUCAGAGUCAGGUUCCAAACAUUGUUAAAGCUCUGCACAAACAGAUGAAAGAGAAAAGUGUGAAGACCCGACAGUGUUGUUUUAACAUGUUAACUGAACUGGUAAAUGUAUUACCCGGGGCCCUAACACAACACAUUCCUGUACUUGUACCAGGAAUCAUUUUCUCACUGAAUGAUAAAUCAAGCUCAUCAAAUUUGAAGAUCGAUGCUUUGUCCUGUCUAUAUGUAAUCCUCUGUAACCACUCUCCUCAAGUCUUCCAUCCUCACGUUCAAGCUUUGGUCCCCCCAGUGGUGGCUUGUGUUGGAGACCCAUUUUACAAGAUUACAUCUGAAGCUCUUCUUGUUACUCAACAACUUGUCAAAGUAAUUCGUCCUUUAGAUCAGCCUUCCUCAUUUGAUGCAACUCCUUACAUCAAAGAUCUAUUUACCUGUACCAUUAAGAGGUUAAAAGCAGCUGACAUUGAUCAGGAAGUCAAGGAAAGGGCUAUUUCCUGUAUGGGACAAAUUAUUUGCAACCUUGGAGACAAUUUGGGCUCUGACUUGCCUAAUACACUUCAGAUUUUCUUGGAGAGACUGAAGAAUGAGAUUACACGGUUAACUACAGUGAAGGCGUUGACACUGAUUGCUGGGUCCCCUUUGAAGAUAGAUUUGAGGCCUGUCCUGGGAGAAGGGGUUCCUAUCCUUGCCUCAUUUCUCAGGAAAAACCAGAGAGCUUUAAAACUGGGUACCCUUUCUGCUCUAGAUAUUCUAAUUAAAAACUAUAGUGACAGCUUGACUGCUGCCAUGAUUGAUGCAGUUCUAGAUGAGCUCCCACCUCUUAUCAGUGAAAGUGAUAUGCAUGUUUCACAGAUGGCUAUCAGUUUUCUAACCACACUAGCAAAAGUGUAUCCCUCCUCCCUUUCGAAGAUAAGUGGAUCCAUUCUCAAUGAACUUAUUGGACUUGUUAGAUCACCUUUAUUGCAAGGGGGAGCUCUUAGCGCCAUGCUAGACUUUUUCCAAGCUCUGGUUGUUACUGGAACGAAUAAUCUAGGAUAUAUGGAUUUGUUGCGCAUGCUCACUGGCCCAGUUUAUUCUCAGAGCACAGCUCUUACUCAUAAGCAGUCUUAUUAUUCCAUUGCCAAAUGUGUAGCUGCUCUUACUCGAGCAUGCCCUAAAGAAGGACCAGCUGUAGUAGGUCAGUUUAUUCAAGAUGUGAAGAACUCAAGGUCUACAGAUUCAAUUCGUCUCUUAGCUCUACUGUCUCUUGGAGAAGUUGGGCAUCAUAUUGAUCUAAGUGGGCAGCUGGAACUAAAGUCUGUCAUAUUAGAAGCCUUCUCAUCUCCUAGUGAAGAAGUAAAGUCAGCUGCAUCGUAUGCAUUAGGCAGCAUCAGCGUGGGCAACCUUCCUGAGUACCUGCCGUUUGUCUUACAAGAGAUAACCAGUCAACCCAAAAGGCAGUAUCUACUGCUUCAUUCCUUGAAGGAAAUUAUUAGCUCUGCAUCAGUGGUGGGCCUUAAACCGUAUGUUGAAAACAUCUGGGCCUUACUGCUAAAGCACUGUGAGUGUGCAGAAGAAGGAACCAGAAAUGUUGUUGCUGAAUGUCUAGGCAAACUCACUUUAAUUGAUCCAGAAACUCUCCUUCCACGACUUAAGGGGUAUUUAAUAUCAGGUUCAUCAUAUGCCCGAAGCUCAGUGGUUACAGCUGUGAAGUUUACUAUUUCUGAUCAUCCACAGCCUAUUGAUCCACUAUUAAAGAACUGCAUAGGUGAUUUCCUAAAAACAUUAGAAGACCCAGAUUUAAAUGUAAGAAGAGUAGCUUUGGUCACAUUCAACUCAGCAGCACAUAAUAAGCCAUCAUUAAUAAGGGAUCUUCUGGAUACUGUUCUUCCACAUCUUUAUAAUGAAACAAAAGUUAGAAAGGAGCUUAUAAGAGAGGUAGAAAUGGGUCCAUUUAAGCAUACAGUUGAUGACGGCCUGGAUAUUAGAAAGGCAGCUUUUGAGUGUAUGUACACGCUUCUAGAUAGUUGUCUGGAUAGACUUGAUAUCUUUGAAUUUCUUAAUCAUGUUGAAGAUGGUUUGAAGGACCAUUAUGACAUUAAGAUGCUUACAUUUUUAAUGUUGGUGAGACUCUCUACGCUUUGUCCAAGUGCGGUACUGCAGAGGUUGGACCGACUUGUCGAGCCAUUACGUGCCACGUGUACAACUAAGGUAAAAGCAAACUCAGUAAAGCAGGAGUUUGAAAAGCAAGAUGAACUAAAGCGAUCUGCCAUGAGAGCAGUGGCAGCACUGCUAACCAUUCCAGAAGCAGAGAAGAGUCCACUGAUGAGUGAAUUCCAGUCACAGAUCAGUUCUAACCCUGAGCUGGCAGCCAUCUUUGAAAGUAUCCAAAAAGAUUCAUCAUCCACUAACUUGGAAUCAAUGGACACUAGUUAGAUAUUUGUUCAACCUGGGGACCAUUAUAUUGACCAUAUGAUGCACUGAUUUGGCAGGUUAAUCAUAAGACAUGAAAAGAGAAGUAUUUAAAAGCUUCACAAUGUUCCACUUUUUUUUCCCUUCAUGGAGACAGUUUGACUUUCUUCCAUUGUUGUUUUUGUAGCAUUUAUUUCAGAAAUAUGUAUUUCCAUAAUCCAGAGGUUGUAAAACCACUGAUGUUCUAGUGGUUAGGGCAACAUUUAAAAUGACAACUAAACGUUAGGAUUGAUGGAGAUAGGGUCCAGUAUAUUUACCCUGUAAUGUUUAGGAUUAAAAUGUUAAAAUUUUGUGACCAUGAAUUUCUUUUAUAAAUUUUCUCUUAUUUAAAAAUCAAAAAUUCUGCAAGACAAAAAUCAUGUUUCUUUUUCUUGUGU